AUGUACACGAUUUGAUGCGUACUCCCCACGAGACUAUACAACGGUAUUGGGCAUUUCCCUCGUGAACACAAAAUUUGGGUUUCAUGUUCCCUCGUCCGCAGCGUGGAAACAAAAAUAUUUUUUUUGAGUGGACAACAAUUAUUUUCGAAAUAAACGUAAUUCUAUUAAACUACUACGUUAGUGAAAAAUUGAAUUUUCUAAAAGUUUUUCGAGUUAAGACGGAAGUUUAUGUUGUGGAGUCAGUUGUUUGAAACUCAUGGAUGAACACACUCGGUUGUAAUCAAUUAUCGGCCGCGUUGUACUUUCGAGAAUCAAAAUUAAAUAAGAACUAAAUAGUAUCAAAGUUUCUACGUGUGUGAAUAGUGAAAAAGUGUUUAUGCUGUCAAAUAACAGUGAUAACUCAGUGUUUAUUCUAAGAAGCCGUAGUUGUCAUGGGAGUUGACUGCAUAUAUCAGCCCUAAGUGUCAGGAUGUAGCUUGUGCUAUGCUAAUAAAAGGUAAAUAACACACAGACUUUGAUUUUAGUGCAUUUAUCUUGUGUUUGUCAAGAUGACAGAAACUGUACCAGCAGUAAAGAUCAAAACCGAGCGGCCCGAUGAAGCUGAAAUCAGGGAACUGGCCGCGAAGAUGGUGGAGGCCAAUAAGGCGAAGGCAUUGGCAGCUUCAGUUGCAGCCGCACGGCCGCCUCCUGGCGCCCGGCUCGGCGGUGCAGCUCCCGCCGUUGGCGGUCAAAUGGGCAUUCUAAACUUCCUAACACGCAACCAGAAACCUGGAACCCCGUCUGCAACUGAGCAGCGGCCGGUUAGCGAUGAUAAAAAGACGCCGGCGCCAGACGAGGCGAGCUGGAAGGGUCACUUCGGCUGGGAUAUGCUUGGCAAGUGUCACAUACCCUACAUCUACCGGUCCGGAGAGAAGUACGUUGCCGUACGUAUGGUGGAGAUCAAACUUCUUAACAAGUACCUGAACUACCUGCAUGCAGAUAUCUACUCGUGUACCUGCAUACGAAGUUAUUACAUCACAGAGAUAGAGGCAUUGCUGUUGAACGAAAUUAACAAUCGGCAUUGUGACAGUCAGUUUGGACGGGAACCGUUCACUCAAAAGGACUUGGUUGUGAGGCUCUCUGACGCUGAUGAGUUCUAUAACUUCCUAGAUGUGUGUUACAAUAAGUUGUUACGUGGUACAACAAAUAAUAAAGACAAAUGUGGUUUUAUCAGGAUAAAUAAAGAAUCAGUAGUUCCAUAUACAGUGCGAGACAAUCAAAAAUUUGUGCCGCUGUUCUAUUUUGAAGGUGAAACGGACAAUUUGAAGUUGAAAGCCGAUCAGCUCAAGGGCUGGGACUUGUCAUAUCUUAAAUUCUGUUGUAAAGUGCAAGGCAUUAGGAAUGAACUGUUUGCAAGUGAAACUUGCUCGGUGAUUAGUUUAACAGACAUUAAAAGUUAUUUCCCGCCUGGAACGGAGUUUGAGGAGUAUUGGCCAAACAAAGUAGUUGAUUCACAGCUGCUAAUCUCUGCUAAAGGCUCCGUAUCCGGCGGCGGGCAAUGGACGCGCGCGCCCCCGGCGCCGCCCCCGGGCGUAGCGGGCGUUGCGGGCGCGGCGCUCAGCAACGUGCCGUCGCGCGGCCGCCGGCCGACGCAGCGGCACUCACCGGCCUCAGCGGCGAUGCAGAUGCCGCACGCGGGCAUAUCGGCGGCGGCCGUGCAGGCGCUGACCAACGGCUGGACGACGCUGCCCGGCACGCUCACGCAGGCGCAGACGCAACAAGUGCUGCGGCUCGCUCAGGCGCAAGUUGCCCAAGCGCAGGCCGCCGCGCGCUACAACAACGCGGCGAUAGCGGCCGCGGCGGCGAGCAUGCCGCAGCACCGCUCGCACAACCAGAGAUCUGUGCAGUUUCCGAACAGUGCAAUAACAAUGGCGAUGGGUCAGCAACCGCCCCCUCCUCUGGUGAGAAUAACGGAAAACUCCACCAACAUGAACGUUUCGCCGCAAGUGAGCGCGACAAUGAAUGGCCACUCAACCUCUCACUCCGCGGACACGCGAAAGCGGCUUACACCCAUACCAGACAUCAGCACCAUUGGCAACCAUACGCCGUAUAAGGUCCAGAAGGCCCUAGUGGAGAAUACGAUGGUGCCGUGCAUCAACGCGAAGCCCUACCAGUACACGGAGCUGCUGAUGACGCUGCCAGACCUCGCCAGCCACUUCUUCCCGCGUGUGUCGCUCACCACCUGCCGGGCCAUGCUGGACGCGCUCGGCCUGUCCCUCUACCGGCCCAACUCAACCCAGCUGCAAGUGCUUCGCAACUCGGGCAAAUGCAAAUCUGCUGCCGCCGGCGAGAACGGCAUGGCCCUUGUCCAAAUACGUGAUGUGAUGCAGCACAUGCCGCAGUUCAAGUACAUGCUACGGUCCGGCUUAGCGGCGGAUGAGCCCCCGCACCAGCCCCCGCGCCCCGCUCAUGCUCCACCACCGUCCCACGCCAAGCGGGCAAGGGCCAACUAGUAUAUGGACUGGCGGGAGUAGUGAAGUGUUGUGAACAGUGUGAAUAGUGCAGUGGAAUGGUGGGGUUGAGCUGAAUACCAGCUGUUUUGGUGGGAAUAAGUGUAGAAAGUGAUGCAACAUGCAACACUUCGAGUACAUACAAUAGACCAUGCGCCCGGCCAUUGCUGUACCACUUUGAAGUGAACAGUUGGGUGUUAUGUGGCUAUGUAUAGUGAUGGGAAUAAUGACUAUUGUUGGUGGGGAUAUAGUGGCUGCGUUGCAUACUGAACAGAAAUCAUAGUUAUUGUGUUCAUUCUGAACAAUAUAGGUGACAAGCAUGUCAACUGCAGCUCUGUAUGAAUGCAAAAACAUCUAGGAAUUAUGAUAGCCAUUGAGAACAGAAUAUGUUGCAGAGUAAAAUAACAAGACCAGUAAUAGUUGCAUAUAAAACUGUUGAAGACAAUCAAAUACCUGCUCUGUUUAUAGACAUAUGGACAAAAAUAUGCUGCUGAUUGAGCCUCCACAUACUAUAUCUGAUGUAUAUACCUCUCAUUCAAUGAACUCAAUAAACUUCACUAUACAGAAAGUUUACAAUCAACAAACUCUAAUAAGUGUUCAUAUACAAUAGUUAACACUUGUUUAAAUAAUUUAAGAAACAUGAUGGGGCUUAUAAAAGUAUUUCUAUACAAUAAUAACAAAAUAUUUGCUGUAGAAUUUUGUUUUGAGGCAUGUCACACACAAAAGUGUUGCAAAAACAAAAAUGAAGUGAAUAGAUGGUUUAAACACAACCUCACACUGCAUUCAAAUAAUACUAUAUACAAUAAGUUGUCAAGUAAUUUUAAUAUAUAUUUCAAUAUAUAUAUGUAUCAUAAAAAUUAACAAUAAAAUAGUUGCCACUAUAAAGUUGUGCAAAGUUGAAUAAGAAAUAAAAAUACUAUUCUCAUCAUUCAUACAGCUUUGACUGUACAAUAUUCAAAAGGAAUGAACAAUAAUGUGUUGAUGUAAGAGAUUCACUGCCAGAUUUCACAUUGACUGGAUGUACGGCGCCAAGUGUUUUCUGCUAUUGGGCUUCCGAGAAACCCACGUGAUGUGAAAUGUUACAAACUAUAUUGGUAAAUAAUUAAGAUACAAACUUUUCCAUUCUGUAAAAAGUGUAUGUAUGUAAAUCAGAAGGAUCUUAUAUAUAACGAUCUACUAUAACUAUUUGAUAGAAGACUGAGAGUUUAUUUUUUAAUUAUUGCAUAGAACAAUAUGUGUCUGUGAGUUCAUAGAUUGUUUUACAAAUAUAGUUAUGUAUUUGGUCGGUCGGAAAUAUGUACAUGAUAUUUGUAAAUAUUGUAUUUAGAUAAAUUAAUGUCUCUUAGAUUAAUACCUGUCUCGUUGUCGCAUAAAUAUGAGCAUUAUUUUACUUAGUGCUUGAGCUGUGUCUAGGGCAAAUGAUAGGGUUUGAACACAUUGGCUGCAACAUGAAUACUUACCGUGUAAGAUAAAAUGUGGCUGCCGUACUAUAAUGUUGUAGUAAAAAUGGUUUUACUGGCUGUUUAAAAAGCACAUCUAUAAAGUAUGAUAUGCAUCUCAUGUUAUUGCACAUGGAUUUUAAUUCAAUAUGGUAAAAGUGUAAUAUCUACCACUGCCAAUGGCUAGUUUAUUCAUAAACUCACUAUGGUUUGCCUGCGACAUUCGCUAUUUACGCUUAACAUUUCCAUCACAAUUUUAUAAUUCACAAUUUUAUAUUAUUUGUUAGUUUGAAAUGAAGUUUGGGUAUGUUUAUUUGAUUAAUAUAUAUCGUGGAUUGUACGGAGUAAGCAAUAAAUAUGUAGAUUGAAUUUGAGAUUGUUAUAAGCCUACUUUGAAAGGAUGAUUGGAUUAAAAGGUAUUUUGUUAUUUAAUAGGAAAUAACUGUAAAUUGUAAAAUGAUUGCUGAUUUAAUGUCUUUCAGCUAUAUCAUCAGUUGUUUUCAUAAAUGCGAAAACGGAAAUUUUUUGUGCUUGUAUAAUAUUAGAAUUUAAAUUUAAUUAAGCCUUAUGAGAAAAGUGCUUCAAUUGAAUAGAAAUUUAUUUAUACCUCAGAAAUGUACGAAUUAGCUUACUCCAAAGCAUUAUAUUUUAGUAUUAAGUUUGCGGGAGUGCAUGCGCUUCUAAAAAUAAUUUUAAAGGGGUUCCAAAAAUCUUGUCUUAAAUUAAACCUCUAAAAUUGAGGAUACAUUCACAAAGCUAAAAAUAUUAUCCCACCGCCAAGGUCGAAUCUCAAUGAAUACAAAUUUAAAUGAUACACAUUUAAAAUGUAUUUUAAUGUAUUAAAUUGACUCACACAGACUAUAUCAAUAUUUAAAAUCAUUUUUAGAAAGCUUCUUGCGCCCCACCAGUGACAAAAAGUAUUGGAUUUAACAUUUACAACUAAGGCGAUUUUUUUUAUUGUUAAGAAAGAUAAGAACUUUGGUUCCUAUAGUUAGCUAGAUAAUGCUAUAACAAGAUUUCAUUAUAUAUUAAAAUUUCAGCAUUUACUUUAACAUAUUGCUAAUUCAGUUUUUUUUAAAAAAUCCUAAUUUUAUAAUUAUAUAGCAAAAUAUUCAUAAAAUUUAGGGGAGCUACUGAUAUUGGUACCCCUAUAAAUAAAUCUCGGAAUCCUAAAACAUUAAAUAAAAGAGAGAAUUUAGAACACAUUUUUGAAAUCUUAACAUUCAAAUUAUGAUAUUUGAUGAUUAAGUUUGAACUAAGGCUUGAAAAAGUCAGUUGUAAGUAGUUUGAAUAUACUAUUUUAAAUAUUGCAUCAAUUUUGAUUGGACAUUUAUUUUAUGUAAUAGUAUAAUGAAAUCUUGCAUAGUUCAGAAUAUUGUAAAUGGUCCAGUUAUGGAUCAUAGGCUUACAGAAAUUAUUUAUUUAAUUUUAAAUACGCGUAACUUAAUGCUUCGAUUUGAAGUGACACUUAUGAGAGCUGUGUACAUUGUAUGUUAAAUUAUUUAUGAUAGAUAAGUAACAUCUAUUUGAUAUCUUUACAGUUAAAUUUUAAUCGCUCUCGACAGUUUCAAGAGAUGUCGGUUCUGUAUUAAUAAACGGGAUUUUUAUCACA